AUGCCACCCAAUCCAAUUCUAGUAAAAACUGAGACAGCGAAAAAUGCCUUAGUAGCACCUAGCAGAAUUGUUUCUAGGCCUGAUAAGCUCGAGGGUGGAGAGGAAACUGAAAUUGCUGCUCAAAUAGUGGUACCUCAAGAAAGCUGCUGGGGGUUAAUCGUAGGAUUUUAUUUCGACAAGCUUCGAUCUAUCGCUUUAGCUAUAGCCUCAUGCGGUUCAAGUGUUGGCGUCAUGGCAUUCUAUCCAUUAAAUUCAUAUUUGGUUGGAUUAGCUGGUUGGCGAACAACGAUAUUAUUACACUCGGGACUCAUCGGGUUAAUUUACUUUAUUGGUAUGACUUUUCGACCAGUUUUGUCCUUUAACGUUGUUAAAACUACAGAAGAUCAAACACGCACCGUUACUUACUUGCCAAAUUUAUCUACAGCUGGUCUACGGCUUGCAACGUCACGCACUAAAACUGAUAACAAAACUUUAGAGCCUACUGCUACAGAACGCUUAUUUAACGCCAUUUCAAAUUCAAAUUUUCCUACGGCAGCUGCGCUAAUAGAAGAUACUGUAGUGACAUCAGCUGAUCAGCCAGGUCCCUCGGCUGCAGCUGUAUCCAAACUUACAUUGACCGCAAAUGUUCCACAAGGAGGUAUUAGUCCGAGACAACUCAAGCAAGUUAAAUCUAUUUUGUCAAAAACGAGUGUACAGGACAAAUCAAAGCCGCUGCCCGUUGAAAUUUCAGUUACUGUAAAAAAACCUAAGAAGAAAAGCUGUUGGGGGCGCUUAUGUCAUUGGGAGCAACAUGUGCCAGCAUCUCGGCCAAUGUAUAGAGAUGAUGUAUUUUAUGAAGGAAAAUUAGAAAAGCUGGAAGCAUAUCAAAAAAGUACGAUGGCCACAGCUACUUCUAAAACUGGUUUAGAAUAUCAGUUAGCUGUAUCUAGAGCAGCAACUGCUGGUGAUUUACGUGAAAAGAGGGGAGUUUUCACUACAGCGGCAAGAAGAGUUCUGGCUUCAAUGAUGGACCCAAAACUAUUUCGUAAGAAAUCAUUCAUAUGUUUAUGUUUCGCGGGAUGCUCUAUAAAUUUAGGAUUUUUAACUCCUUACAUUUUCAUACAGAAUAGAAAUAGUGAAGCAGGAGUUGAUCCGGAACACUGUGCAUUUUUUGUGAGUGUAAUAGCAUUCGCAAACGCACUAGGUAGACUGAUAUUAGGAGGAAUUGCUUGUAAGGUGGAUCCGAUUUACGUUUAUAUUGUAUCAAUGUUAAUAGCGGGCACAAGCACAAGUAUGCUUAAACAUUUAUAUGGAUUUUCAGUAGCAUUUUAUAUGGCUGGAAUAUUUAUAGCUGCUGGUGGAAUUAUUUUGUUACCUGUUAAACGAAUGUCUGAAAAGGAAAAUAAAAUUGCUGAAUUGCAAAAUAUACAAGCACACAUUUCAAAAAGAAAGAAAUAA